CGAACGAAUUUAACGAAAGAAAACGAAUGAAAAGUGGAGAAGAAUAUCCGAGCGUCAUAUUUUAAGCGUUGCCAUUUAAAAGUAGAGAUAUAUCACGUCUGUUAGCUUCGCAUAUAUAAUUUAAUUCGCAUCAAUUUGAAUUGCUUCGUGUGUGAUUGGUCGUUAUUAAUAAUAAUAAACGCGAGUUGGCGAACGUUGCUAUAUAAUGGCCGCUUGAAAAUCGAGAUGAAAAUGUUAACGUUGGAACCUUCUAAAUGUAUGUAGGAAGGUGUACCAGUAAAAAUAUAGCGAAAGUGAUGACAAAGUAUAAAACAGAGAGAAACAAGGGAAGAGUAAAUUGAAACAGUUAAACAAAACGAAAUUCAAUAACUAUAGACAACAAAAAGUUAAAAGCUACAGACCAAGUGAGCCAAGUGAAAUAAUACCAUUCCAGCUAAUUUUAUUUACACGUUGACGACUUCAGCCGUAGUGGAGGGUCUCCGAUGUUUUUAUUGCUGUCGCUUUUGGGAAAAUGUCUCAUUUGCCAUUGGAUGCACGCGCCAUUUUGGACUAUUUAAAUGAAUUGGGUUACAGAAACAUAUCUGCCGAACAGCUCAAGGAAUUCAUGAAAGAUCUUCGCAAACUCAUUAAAUACGAGGAGACACUAGGCAUCAAUGCUCAUCAAGACAAUUACUUUGAGAAGCUCUUUAAGCGUACAACCGCCAGUUUUCGCGCUAAGUUGGACAAGGAGAAUGCACAUUGUGAACGCGCUGUCGAUGUAAAGUCAAAACGUGAUCAUGAUGCUCAUGCCUUACGAUCGUUGAAUCAAAAAGAGCAUCAACAACAAUUGGAAUCAAGAGCGGCUAUGGCCAAGAAAGGUAAUCAAUCCCAUUCUACCCGCACGAAUUCAACUUCGCAGUAUGGGACAACUUUCGGGGGCAGUAGUAUGAGUGACAAACUGAAUGCCAAACAAAAGUCUCAACAACAGCAGAAACUAGUGCAGUCAGCGGAGCCACACAAAAAGGUUUCGGAAGCACGUCCUCGACCGCACACAACCACUUUCGAUGCGGGAACUUUAUCACGCGAGCAAGCUUGGCAAAGUAAUAAACGUGUACCGUUUAGUGAAUGCAAUGAAUUGAGAGGUCCUCAGUCUGAAGCGACUGAACGUGCCUCAACGCGUCCUUCAGCGCAAAGAGAGGCGAGUCUAAAGCGUGGCCAAACAGCAACCAGCACAAUUGGUAACAAAGAAGACAAGACUAAAUCAAAUGGAGCAGCGUCAAAUCCAAGGGUUGAAUCGCGAGAUACUAAUCGUGGACGUGCUCGUGUUAGAUAUCCAUCUCACGAACGUAGCGCUCCAAGGCGUAGUCCGAGUGGCGGCAGUUACACCACAGCCAGAUCUUUGGGUGUUAUGAUACCACGACAAUGCACAGCGACACGCCGCCGCCGACCACUAAGUAAAGAUCCGGUUGCCUUAUAUCACUACUACCAGAGUGAAUGGAAUUACUUUCGUGAACAAAUACCAGGUGAGAGUUCACAUUCGGAGCUGCGUUGGAUGAUACGUGAACGCCUAUUGGACCCCAACUAAAAAUAUAUAUAUGUAUAUAAAUAUCAAAAACAAGGAUUGAGUUAUGAAAAAGACAACCAAUCGGAAUUUUACUUCCAUCUUUUUAAGUAUAUAAAAUAAACUGACCUCUUGACAAUGGAUAAAAUGUAAUUUGAAUUCUUCAAAUAAUUUAAUACUCCAAUUAUUUUAUAG